UCCAUAUAUUCUAUGGAAAACUUCAAAAACACUAAAAACGUGGAUGAUAAUUCCGAUCGCAUACCAAGAAACAGUCAUCAAAGCGUUGAUAAUUCUAUGUCAAGAUCUUACAUAUGCAGUUUCUGCGUAAGGGGCUUCUCGAAUGCUCAAGCACUAGGAGGUCAUAUGAACAUCCACAGAAGAGACAGAGCAAAUCUCAGACAAAAACUUAUGGAAGAUAACAAGGAUGAUGUUGUCGGCGAGAGUGAUUCAUCAGACGUUGUCUCUCUAAACCUUAAUGAAAAGCAAGAACAAGACGCUUUGGUAUGUGAAGAUGAUGAUCGAUAUCAAGAUGUGGAAAAGGACAUAAGUCCUGGUCAGAAAUUAGGGUUUUGGGUUCAAGAAAGCAAGCUUGAUACUAAUGAUGAAGGAAAAGUCAUGGAGGUUGGCAUAGAUGGUUCGAGUUCGAGUACUCAUCAUCUCGAGAUUGAAGGAUUGGAUCUUGAGCUCCGGUUAGGCCAACGCACCGUGGAGAAGAAGACAACAUAA